GUGUGUGGUGUGUGUGUGAGUGCGCGCGCGUGGUGGUGCGCGCGUGUGAGUGUGCGAGUGUGUGUGUUGCGCGUAUGUCUCUGUGUGUGUGUGUGCGCAGGGAAAAGCUAUUGGAUGUAGUGAAGCUGGCGCUGGAGAAGGGGAGCGGGCAGCAGGCUCCGGCCGCCUUUGCAGCUGUUGCUCAGGCUCCAGCCCUGGCUCCGGCUCUGGCUCUGGCUCUGGCUCCGGCUCCGGCUCCGGCUCCAGCUCCAGCUCCAGCUCCAGCUCCUGCUCCAGCUCCGCUCCGCUCGGGCUCCGGCUCCGGCUCUGACUCCGGCUCCAGCUCAGCCGCCGCCUACUCCUCCUGCCCCGGGCCACCGCCGCUGUUGCUGCCCCUCCGGGCAGUCAGAGAUGCUGCCCCUCCUUCCCAGCAACCAGCACCGGCUCCGGGCUCGCCGGAAAAGAAAGGAGCUACUGCUGGGCCAGUCUGCUUCCUGGGCUCGCUCUUGCUGCUCCUCUCAUCCCUGGGUAACUGGGCUGAUAAAGCCGGUUAUUAUAUCUUUGACUAUAUGGAAACAAAUGAUAAGUGGAGUGGGAGGAGAUUACUACAAGAGAAUGCCACCUUGAUUCCAGAGAAUACAGAACCCCUGCCUGGUAAAAACUGCACUGACCCUGCUCUCCAUGAAUUCCCUGUUGACAUCUUUACAAAUGAGGAACGACGGCAGGGCGCUGUGGUCUUGCAUGUCCUCUGUGCCAUGUACAUGUUCUAUGCUUUGGCCAUUGUGUGUGAUGACUUCUUUGUCCCUUCCUUGGAAAAGAUUUGUGAACGACUCCAUCUCAGUGAAGACGUGGCUGGGGCCACUUUCAUGGCAGCUGGAAGCUCUGCUCCUGAGUUAUUUACAUCUGUCAUAGGUGUUUUCAUCACAAAAGGGGAUGUGGGUGUUGGAACCAUCGUUGGCUCAGCUGUCUUCAAUAUUCUCUGCAUUAUUGGUGUCUGUGGGCUUUUUGCUGGGCAGGUUGUGGCUCUAUCUUCUUGGUGUCUCCUGAGAGAUUCAACUUACUAUACACUGUCUGUUGUUGCCCUCAUUGUGUUUAUAUAUGAUGAAAAAGUUUCUUGGUGGGAGUCCUUAGUACUAGUGCUAAUGUACAUCAUCUACAUCAUUAUUAUGAAAUACAAUGCUUGUAUACAUCAGUGCUUUGAAAGGAGGACAAAGAGCACUGGGAACAUGGUCAAUGGCUUGGCCAACAACACUGAAAUUGAUGACAACAGCAAUUGUGAUGCAACGGUAGUGCUCCUUAAGAAAGGUAACCGCGAAGCAAAUUUCCACCGCAAAGCUUCAGUGAUCAUGGUGGAUGAGCUGCUGUCAGCAUAUCCACAUCAGCUCUCUUUUUCUGAGGCCGGGCUCCGUAUCAUGAUUACCAGCCACUUUCCCCCCAAAACUCGGCUCUCCAUGGCCAGCCGCAUGUUGAUCAAUGAGAGGCAAAGAUUAAUCAACAGCAGAGCAUAUGCCAAUGGAGAGUCAGAGGUGGCCAUCAAAAUCCCCAUCAAGCAUGCUGUUGAGAAUGGAACAGGACCCAGCAGUGCCCCAGAGAGGGGUGCAAAUGGCACCCGAAGGGAUGAUGAUGUUACUGAGGCUGGCAAUGAAACUGAGAAUGAGAAUGAGGACAAUGAGAACAAUGAGAAUGAUGAAGAAGAAGAAGAGGAGGAGGAUGAUGAUGAGGGACCUUACACUCCAUUCGACCCACCCUCUGGCAAAUUGGAAAUAGUGAAGUGGUUGUUCACCUGGCCACUGAGUUUGGUCUUGUACUUUACUGUACCCAACUGCAACAAACCCCGAUGGGAGAAGUGGUUUAUGGUGACAUUUGCCUCCUCCACCCUGUGGAUCGCAGCCUUCUCCUAUAUGAUGGUUUGGAUGGUUACAAUUAUUGGCUACACUUUAGGUAUUCCUGAUGUGAUCAUGGGGAUCACAUUUCUGGCAGCUGGGACAAGUGUGCCUGAUUGCAUGGCCAGCCUCAUUGUUGCAAGACAAGGGAUGGGUGACAUGGCUGUCUCCAACUCCAUCGGAAGCAACGUGUUCGACAUUCUGAUUGGCCUGGGCCUCCCGUGGGCUCUGCAGACCCUGGCAGUGGAUUAUGGCUCAUAUAUUCGACUGAAUAGCAGGGGACUGAUCUACUCUGUUGGCUUGCUCUUGGCUUCAGUUUUUGUCACGGUAUUUGGUGUUCACAUGAACAAGUGGAAACUGGACAAGAAGCUGGGGUUUGUGUGCCUUUUCCUGUAUGGCAUCUUCUUGUGUUUCUCCAUCAUGACAGAAUUCAACGUCUUCACCUUUGUGAACUUGCCCAUGUGCAGGGAGCACUGAUCCACUUGGCAAGGCUGAGGUGCCACUUCCUUCUUUUUUCUGUGCAAUACUCAACAUGGCCGGCACCCCUCCCAAGAGCAUGGGGUGCUUCCGAAGGGCCAUGAAGUACAGUCUAUCCUGCUCACUGUUCUCCUCUCUGGUUAGCCCUGGCUCCCCUUCAUUUCUCCUCUUUCCCACUCCCAACCUCCACCCUGGUGACCCCCAUUGGGAAAACUCCUGUGUUGAUGUGAAGACUUUCCACAUUCAUAUGAUUUUUCAAUCUCUAUCUCUCCGAACAGUGACUGGGAUUCUAGAAGCACUGGCUGCUACCUGGCUCUGAGCCAGACAGAACUUGCUCCAAUUCCUCCUCUUUUUUUAAGUUAUUUGAUGGAAGACUAAUCUAAUUUAUGACUUGAGAUUGUGGGUGAAAUAGAGAAGAAGAGGCUACAUUGAUUGUAUGGGGUGUUUUUUUUCUGAGAAUAAGUAUGGGAUUCUGGGCUUGGGGUUGUUUUGUUCUUUUUUUUUUUUUUUCCUUUUUUCCAGAGAGCCUCUCUUACGUCUUUUCCUCCUCCAUUUUGGAUUACAAACAAUGAUCCAAAGGUCAUAAGUGCAGUGUUUUAUGGGAACUGAGCUCAAGGUACUUUGGAGUAUGAGUGGUUUAACUGUUUAUUAAAAGGAGUUGAUGAGGCAACAGAGAAUGACUUUUUACUCGGAAUUAGACAUCUCUUAAAGUCUUAUAGGAAAAACAGAAGGGAAAACAUAUUGGAGGGAAGACAACACUUUUCUGGUGUCCAUUAUGGCCAUCAAUUUAUUGUUAGGACAUUUCUAGUUUUCCAAGCAAUAGUUCCAGC